CUGGACACGGACAGACUAAGGUGAUAGGUUGGAGCCUGCGACAGAAGGCAAGGAGCAAGAGAAUACCGCGGAGAUCAUUUCAAGACUGCACAAUUCUUCGACCUCUACUGCCGAGAUCACUCUACAACUGACCACUCUCGAGAAUGCGCCGGAAGCAGAGCAACCCUGAUCCCUUCGACACCGACAGUCCUCGAUGGAAUUUGUGAACGUGAAAACGAUCGUGUCCGCUCACCGAGCCCAUUAUCCCACCUUCAGACGCUCCCAUCCGGAAACGGCCACGCCACACAAGGAAAGAGACUUGGAAAGUACGAGAAGCGAAGGAAGCAGGAGAGGCAAGGAAGGCAUUGGCAUCUCGCAAGAAACGCGAAGGAGGAGCAAGACGCCGAAGGCGUUUAACAAAAUAUUCGUGCUAUUCUUAUACCACUACUACAUUUGUCCUACACGCAGAUUACGUGCUAACGGCGCGUGCAAAGGGACGGAAACAGGCCCUGUUAAGAUGUUGGUUUCGGUUGAUGAAAUUUUUUUUAAUACUUCGAAAGGCUAGGCUAUUCACACGUGGAGAACGAGAAUUUUUGUGCGUCAGUUCGUAUCCCGGCAUUAAAAUACGCGUGCUUGGUUCGAGAUAAGCAAGCGCAAAAUAUUCCUACAUAAACCUAUCGAGUGGAGAAUUUCUCCCAUGUUACAUCCAAAUAAGUUAGACCCCUUAGCCAAGACG